AUGGAGUAUACGACUGUUGUUGACAAGCUGGUGCAAAGCGAACACUCAGAGCCCUUGUUAAGCAAUGAGUUGAUGGCUCUUAUCAACGUCAUCAGUGGGGCCGUCAUGGGGGCCAUCGCUUUCUUCGGGGUCGUCUUCAACAGUGUCAACGCCGUGGUUUUCUUCAAGAUGGGUCUCCGCGACCCCGUCAACAUCACGCUCCUGGGCUUGUCUCUCGCCGACCUGGGGUCGUCCUUGAUACUUCUGCUGAUGAGCUGCUUCAGCUACCCGGACCUGGUCCUGGAUUACCUCGCCAUCCCGUACCUGAUAGGAUGGCUGCAAAUCGGAUUUACCCGCAUCUCGAGCUGCCUGACAGCGUUCAUCACACUGGAGAGAUACCUCUGCGUCGCUCUGCCGCUAAGAGUUAAAUCCAUCAUCACCCCGGCGAGAACCGCUGCCAUAGUCUCCGGGAUAUUUUUUUCCAUGUUGUCCAGCCAGAUCCCUCCGUUUUUUGCCAGUAAGGUCGUAAGCAUACCCAAUGGCUUAACGAAUGGAACAAUGAUGACGCUCAUGUACGCCCCGAACGGACACGACCUGGAAAACGUCUCGGUGACCAUAAACAACGUGACCCUGCUGGCGACUUUCCCGGGCGUCAUCGUCUGCACGGCCCUUCUGGUCAACGAACUGCUCAGGAAAACGAAAUGGCGCCAGGUCAACUCGUCGUCGGCGCAGAACGACACGAUGACCGUCCGCGACCAGAGGGUGGUCAAGAUGAUCACCUCAAUCUCCACCAUAUUCAUCCUGAGCUACCUCCCCGUCGCCAUGGUGACAGCGACCAUGCUGGCGUACCCGGACUUCAGCGUGACGGGACAGCACAGCAACGUCUUCACGGUCGUGUGGGGUCUCACGUUCCUGGCAGAGGGCCUCAACGCCACCACCGGGAUCUUCGUGUACCUGAAGAUGAGCUCCAGGUUUAGGUCCGUCGUCGUGGCAAUGUUUAGAUUAUCAGCUGAAGGUCACGGGUCAAUACUCCACUCAAAACAAUUUUCUGAUUAG